CCUACAGCCACGCGAACGAAGUCGCGAGUAUCAGCUAGUAACACUAAUAACGUACGAAUAGACAUGACAACCCUGCAUGUUUUGUAUGUUUUUGUGGUGAUGGUGCGACUGGUUUACAGCUUGGAAAUGCCGCCCAAAAUGAUGCCCAAGAAGAAACCAGCUAGUGCCCGAAAGCUGACCUUUCCCAACAACUCGGAGUCCGCGAGUGCAGAGCCCACGCCCAGUACUUCAGGUCUAAGUUUGCCACCUAGCUCGGAGCCAGGGACAUCAAAACGCUUGGCGGAUGACCUUAAGCGUGCGCGGGCAGGGCGCACGCUCUACAAAAAGGCAGUCGCCAAGUUGUCCCUGGAGGAGCGGACAAGGUUGGCGAAUAUGAAGGACCUGAAGGAAGUGGGGCACUUCAGGCUACCCGACGCUCCGGAGUCAAAGAAGGGAAAAGGAAAAGGGAAGGGGAAGGGGAAGGGCAAGGGUAUAGCGGACACAAAGCCAUGGUUGCCCUGCCCGCUGUUACCUGACGUGCCGCUUACCCCACCUGCCAAACUUCCCCAACCAUGGGAACGUGUUCAUCAUGAAACGGCCGAGGCCGACAAUCACGAAUUUAUUGAGGGCAAGCCUCCAUCCAUGUCACCCAUAAAGCCGGAUUUGUUAGGCAUCCCGAAAGAUCCAGAGUCACCUCAACCUCACCCACCUCGUCCAGAAUCUGGAACGCCGCCUCAACCAAAGAAAAGAAAGUUACUCUUCACACCGUCCACAGGGAUAAUUCCGGCAUUGGAGGCGCCUGUUAACCCUGUGGUAAAAAAAAAAUGGUGGUGGUGUGUGUAAAAAAAAAAAUUUUUUAAAAAAAUUCACGAUUCCGGAUAUAAGAUUUUUUUUAAAAUCCUUUGUAGAAUUAUUUUAAAAUCCUUUGAAGAAUCAUCUAAACAUAGAAGUCACCGGCCCAGCUGUAAUUGUGACUACGAACAGUAGAGUAAUUUCCGGAUCACGCACUCAGUGUGUACCUACCCUUUACGCCCAACAUCUGGUGAUAGAUUUUUGUUUAUUGUUGGUCUUAAGUUUUUGUACGUUACAAUGUACAAGUGUGCCACGUUUUUGGAAAGGGCAUUAAAUUUACUAUAUUGUAUAGUAAUUUUUGAUGUUGUAUUGUAUAGCAUGUAGAACAAAAAAAUCAGAUAAGCGAAAAUGAUUUCAUUGUGUAAAUGGGAACUGUUGCACUAAUUUUCAUAUUUCUAGUUAUUGGUGGAUGCUAUUGCCAAGAUUUUUGUUAACUUUGUAAGAAUAUUAGACUAGUUGUAUUGUAUCACUUAAAAAUUAGAUCUAGAACUGGUAUUUGUAAAUCUUAGACUCUCUAAGUUUAAAACCAAUUACGCCUGGCGGCGCCAGAUUAUUGUACAGAAUCAAAGUGCGGUAAAUAAAUAUUUUUGUAUAGACAAGUGUAUAUUUUAAUUUAUUUCCUUAUUGCCUAAUAUCUAAUUAACGUAAUUUGAAAUUAAACACCCUAGGUCACCGCUUUAAAAUACAAGGAUUAAUUUUUAAAUACAAGUGGCCCUCCGAAAUGCGGUAUCUCCAUACUUAUCGCAUCGUAAUACUACACCAGAGUCGCAUUUUGAAAAACAAAAGACUGCAUUCUACAGCUUCAUUCCUAGUAAACGUAAAAAAUAACACUUAACAGUCUCACAUUAUCAAGUUGAGUCACAAUGAACGCUUUUAUGAAAACCGAGCCGCGCGGUGGCAUCGGGCCGGCAGGCAUCAAUAGAGUAAGGGCAUUGCUCGGUGAUUUAUGAUCGCCGCGAUCGCCGCUUCGUGCAGAUGAGCGGCGUAAUCGUCAUAGUUUAUCAUAAAAUACAGCGCACGAAGACAUUGCAGAUAAGAAGCACAGCCGAAAUUCAGAGUUCUUCAUCCGAUGACCUCCCGGCGCAAUUCACAGCCAAGGUGUUCCAUAAGCGCCGAUCUGAUGGGGGAGGUGUUACGCAGGCGAAGCCAGCGGCUGAUACAUAGUGAGCCAGCGCAACAUGCAUUCCCA